UUUAAAUAGGAAAGGGACAGCACUUUGCAACAUAUCACGUUACCUUGAUGACAUCAAAACAUAUUAUGUGUGAUUGUGGGUUUGGGACUUUUUAUUCAAUACUUUAUUGCCAUAUCCACACGAUUGAUUAGAAUUUGUCUUAGUGAGCUCACUUAAACAAAAAUAGAAAAAGACAAAAAUUACCUCUCACUCAUAAAGCACAUAAUACAUUAAACAAAGUGUAAAACAAAGUCUGUGAGUCUGUGGGUGUGGUAAGGUGGUAAGCAUACAGGAGGAAAGCACAUGAGGGCAGGAAGUGAAGGACCUGAAACAAGACAAGAAGUGAGUAUCAAAAUAAAACAGGAAGUACAAGACAAAGAACACUAGGAGAAACAAAAAGGGCAAAGAUGCAGUGGAGUCUGUUUCUGCUCAUUCUGAUGGGUUCCUUCUUAACAUGUCAACUAUAUGAGUACCACUUUAUUGAAAAGCAAAAGACCUGGGAUGAUGCCCGGAAGUACUGCAGAGAGAAAUAUACAGACCUGGCCACAGUGUAUGACAUGACAGAUGUGAGGAGACUCCUCAACUCUAGAAAGGAUCAACAGGAAGCCUGGAUUGGACUGUACAACCAGUCUCUGCCAGGGGUGGAGUAUGAUGCAACUGAGACAAAAUGGUGUCAUGGACAACUAAGGGUUGAGAGAUGUUUUCGGAUACUUGACUGUAUAAUUCGCUUAUACUGGAGUCCUACCCCUUGUACUGAGAAACAUGGAUUUAUCUGCUAUGAUGGAAAGAAGCCACACAAAAAAUUCCAUUUGAUUAAAAAAACGAAGACGUGGCCAGAGGCUCAGAGCUACUGCAGAGAAAAACACACGGACCUGGUCAGCGGACUCAACCAGUUAGAAGACGAAGAGCUAAUAAGAAAGAUAAAAAACAGUCAUUUAGGAAUAUAUUGGGUCGGUAUGUUCAGAGAUAACUGGAGGUGGUCAGAUGGGAGUCCUUCCUCUUUCAGACACUGGGAUCACAACUAUUUUGACAAUCAGUCAGUUGAAAAGAAAUGUGCAGUGACCAUGUUGGAUGAAACAGGCAGAUGGCAGACUGGUAACUGUGAUGACAAAAAAUCCUUCUUCUGUUAUGAUGAUAAAGUGAUCCUGAUCAAUGAAAACAAGACCUGGGAGGAGGCCUUGUAUUACUGCAGAGAGAAAUACCGUGACCUGGUCUCCAUCACUAACCCUGAUGAGCAGAGUUGGGUCGAAAAGAGAGCCAAGAUCGCUGACAGUCCCUUCGUCUGGCUGGGACUACGCUACACCUGCACUCUGGAUUUCUGGUUCUGGGUCAGUGAUGAGGUCGUCUCCUAUAAGAACUGGGCCUCACCUGGACAGAAGGAUGAGUGUGACAUGUCUGGAGCCAUGGACAGAGGAGGACAACAUCAGUGGAUCAGACACCUUGAUAAUGAGAAGUUUAAUUUCAUCUGUUCCAAGUUUUAA